AUGUUACCGGCGAGAGUAGCUUCGCGCCUGGCGCGGCGGCAGCCCACUACACACCUGCCACUUUCGUUCCGGCGGGCGUACGCGGCCAAGUCGUCGUCUACCGCGAGAUCCCCGCCGCCUCCACCUCCGUUCGAGACGGUCGCGACGUGUCCGUCGCCGACCUGUGGAUGCGCCGAGACGCCGGCGAUGCCCGAGGGCCUGCCGAUCGACUUCAAGAGCCCGCUGAACGGCGUCGUGUCGGCGUACGCGGAGCAGGUGCUCGUCUGCACGGGCAAGGACGACUGGGUUUCGAGGAUCGAGGAGGAGAACAGCGGGGACAACCUGGCUGCGGACCUGAAGGAGCUGUUUGGGCGCGGUGGGACGUACAGCGAUCCGUGGCACAACAUCUCCGUCCUCAACGCCUCCUUCCCCUCCUCCGUGCCGAAGCGGAGCGAGCUGCAGACGACGAGCGCGUAUCUCCUGCCCAGCUUCAAGUACGUGCCCUUCCUGCCGCGGGUGAGCUUCGACAGCGUGCAGGCGCUCGCCAAGGGCUACCUGCUGCCGGAGAAGCUGCACAAGAUGCACGACGGCCUGUCGCCGAUCCACCGCGACCGGCUCACGCGCAAGGAGGCGUACCGGUCGCUGCUGUACGGCGUGCGGGACGUCGAGGACGUGCUGGUGCUGGUGUGCGGGCACGGCGGGCGGGACAUGCGGUGCGGCGUGAUGGGCCCGGCGCUGAGGGACGAGUUUGAGAGGCAGCUUGAGGGGCUGGGCGUCGGUGUUGCCAGGGGGCCUGUUGAGGUCUACGAGGGUGAGACGGAGAGGAUUGCGGCGCCACCCGGGGAAGAGGGGGGGGAGAAGAAGCUGUCGGCGAGGGUUGGGCUGAUUAGCCAUAUCGGAGGACACAAGUUUGCGGGCAACAUUAUUGUUUAUAUACCGCCGAAGAUGAAGGUGGAGGGCGGGGAGAAGCAUCCGCUUGCCGGGAUGGGCAUCUGGUAUGGGCGUGUUGAGCCGAAGCAUGUCGAGGGGAUCGUGAGGGAGACGGUUCUCGGGGGAAGGGUCGUCGCAGACAUCGCCGCCGCCCGUUCGGGCUUCACCCGGUCCUGGCACACUCACUCCCUCACUUCAAUAACACGCCAAAGAUCAACACUCAUCUCACCAUGCCAAAUCCAACGCCUUUCACGUCAAUUACACACACAGAAAGCCCGACCAACGCCCGCGACACCUCAACGCACACUCCCACCCACCCGCCGCCUCAAAUCCACAACGACCCGCAAACGCCUCCUCACCCCGCGCACCAUCCCCCUGCUCCUCGCCCUCGCUAUCGCCGGCGUCGCAUGGGACUCCCAAUGGCUCUUCCCCUCCUCCACACCCUCCUCCGACCCGUCCGAGGCAACCAUCCUCGCCAACGGCCGCAAAUUCGUCCCCCUCACCGUCACCUCCAAAGACCCCGUGUCCCCAACGUCCUUCAUCCUGACCCUCAAACCGCCGCACGCCGGCGGGGGGGCCGCGCCGCUCUCGUCGCUGUGGGACGUCUUCGACCUGUGGUGCGUCGAGGUGAAGCAGCCCCAGAUCCAGGUCGCGCGCGAGUACACCCCGCUCCCGGGCGCAGCCGGCGACGACGCGCUGAGGCUGUACGUGAGGGCGCUGCGCGGCGGCGAGGUCUCGACGUACCUGUCCCGGCUGCUCCCCGGCGAUUCGGUCGAGAUCCGCGGGCCGCACGGGGAGUUUGACCUGCGCAGCCGGCUGAGCGAGGCCGGCGGGCGGGUGGUCUUCCUGGCGGGCGGGACUGGGGUUGCGAGUGCGCUGCAGGCUGCGCAUGCUGUCCUCCCUCGCGGGGUGGACGUGACCAUCUUCUGGGCCGUGAGGUGUCGUGAGGAGGUACAGGGAGCGGCGCCGGCGAAGCAGAAGGGAUCGAAGGCUUCGUCGUCUUGGGGAUGGAAUCCAUUUUCUGGGGGAAAGGGAGUGGGAGGGAUCCAGGCCGAGGCGCUUUCUGCGGAGGUCGGCGAUGCGUCUGCCGUGAGCAGGGAGUUGCUCGCGUUGAAGGAGAGGUACGGCGAUAAGCUUGAUGUGAGGGUCGUGAUUGACCAAGAAGGGACGCGUGUGGGGGAGCAGGACCUCUCUGCAGCUUUGGCUCAGACAGGGUCCAAGAAGCGUGAGGCUCCCCCGCCGGUCUCGACGGAGGGAUGCAAGUUCCAUUCGCAGACUGCGCAUCUGGGCAUGGUUGACGGCGCGCCGAAUGCCGGGAAGAGGUUCCUUUCCAAGGACGAGGACUGCGCCUGCGUCCCCAAGGAGGGAGCCGCGAUCGGCAAGAACGUCUUUGUCAUCUCUGGCCCGGAGGGCUUUAUUCAGGCGUACGCGGGGCCGAAGAUCUGGCGCGACGGAGGACAGCUGCAGGGUCCUGUGGGCGGCCUGCUGGGUGCGAUGCAGAAGGGCAACCCGGACUUGUUGAGAGACUGGAUUGUCCUGAAGCUGUAA